AUCUAUAGAAGUUCAUACAAAGCAGAAAAUUUGUUUCCUCUUCUAUAAUUUGCAUUUCUCAUGUUUUUUUCUGUGCAAAUGUCAACUGCACUACUAAAAUUUCAGUAGAUGGCAGGAUUGCAACAGAAUACAGACAAGAAAAUCAAUAUUUCCUGUGAAUCCCCUCCCAUUUGUUUAGGUAUUUACUUCGUUGUAGAACUGAAAAUCAGCAUCCAAUUUUUGCACUCGGUGUAAAAAUUCACAUGCAGGCAUAAUGGGCGGCUAUAUGGAGACGAUCAAUUACGUUCUGUACGACAAUCCCAUCUCGCAAGGAUGCAUCGGCGCUACAAAACAAAUCCUGAAGCCGAUCGCCAACCUUGCGAAUGGAAACAGUGCACCACAGAUACAAAUUAUUAAAGAAACUGAACCACUGUGGAUGAUGGCGAAGGAACCUGGACCAUUUGUGAGAAUUGCCGGUCUUUCCGGGGCGCUUGCCGUCUCUUUGGCCGCUUAUGGAGCGCACAAAAAGUAUCCAAAGGAUCAGAUCAAUGAGUUAAAAGCUGUUGCUGAUUCCGCCAACAAAAUGCAUUUCUUUCAUUCAUUAGCCCUUCUUGCUGUGCCAUUAUGUCGAAAUCCGCGCGCUGUAAGUCAUAUAAGCUUUGUUUUUAAUACAAAUUUAUUAAUAAAUUGAAUAUUUUCUGUUUUAGACUGGGGACUCCUGAUUACAGGCACAGUAUUAUUCAGUGGGCCAUGUUAUUACUAUGCAUUCACAGGCGAGAACAAAUUUGGCAAGCUUGCACCAAUUGGUGGCACCAUUUUGAUUCUAGGCUGGUUAUCAAUGGUAUUUUAGGUUUGAGUACCCUUGAUGUGAUGAUAUUAGUUGUUUCUUAUAAUAUAGGUGAAUAUGAAUAUUUGUGAAAAUGCAAUGGUGCAUAUUAUGGAUGGAAUGUUUCUACCUUUUGUUGUUAUAAGCUUAAGUUGUGUCUGAACCUCAGUAUGGAGCAAGGAGCGUUUUAUGUCCAAAGAAAAUACUGAAUAAAGAUUGAAAUUCUCAUAAAUGUAAA